AUGCUUCUUUGCUCCGAUGAUGAUGACGAGGACGGAGACAAUUGGUCGCGCGGUGGAUCCGAGGGUAAACAUAGACAGGGUAGUACCUGUAGUGCAGGUACUGGUGGCAGAAGUAGGAGAUUGUUAAGUGUCCAACAGUCAAAAGUGCUCUAUAAGAUACUUGAAAAGACUCACUUCCCGUCAACCCAGUUACGCGAGCAAGUGGCAACGCAACUCAACGUUUCGCCGCGUAAAGUGCAAGUCUGGUUUCAAAACCGUCGCCAGGUCGGCAAGAAACGAAUGAUGGAAGCCGUGCAAAGCACGCUGCCCCCGCACCGCCCCUACUCGCACUCUCCGCACCCUGCUUCGAACGCUCCUUCAAUCACGCUAGAAAUGCUGCGAGAGCGUCUCAAAGCAACCGGCAAAGGUCGUUUCAACCCGGCCCUCGAAGACGAACGGACUCGGGCGUGGAGGAGACAUACGAUCAGGUUGGCCUUGAAUCCUGGUGCCGUCGAGGCUGAAGAGAAUCUUUUUGCUUUAGAGCGCCAUGUCCGCGAGGCGCCGAGGAAUAGAGCCAUCCAUGGUGUCGCAAGGGGAGUUAGGCAAGGCUUGCGCAUCAACGUCCCUCCUCCCACUCUGGGCGUAGGCGUCGGAGCAGGUAAAACGCCCCUAUAUACCGGUCCUGGUAGUGCCUCACACCUGGAAACACUAUCUAGGGCGGGAGGCGCCGCGUUGAUGACGCCUGCUCUGCCCGGCAAUAGUAUUGUUCCUCCCCCAGUAUCGAGUCAGAAAGAGUAUUUUUCGUUGUAUAACUCCAGGCGUUAUCCUUCACUCGCUCCACCACAAAGUGCUUCGACGGCAAUGUUUAGAGGUAGAAGUCAAACCCUCGCCUCACCUCUACCCCUUCCUCUCCCGCCCGACCACAGCGGAGAGGGCGGGAUGAGAGAGGUAAGGGGAAACUUGACCGUAGAAUGGCAUUUAAAACAACAACAGCUUCACUCGCGACCACCUCAGCUCUAUCGCUCCCACCCUGGGCCGAUCCGUGGUAUUCACUCACACCACCCAACACCAACCCCUGCUAGUGCUGCUGCUGGUGCUGGCUUACGCUACCGAUCGAGCACAGAUACUUUAUCCCAUUUACCACCCCUCCCAUCAACCCCAAGACCUCCUCGCGACGGAAACGCAGCGGGUGUCAGGUACAGUCCUUAUUCUCGCACACCUGAACUCCCUCCGCCUCCUCCUCCUCCUCCUCCUCCUCCUCAUCCCUCCAACCCCAACCGCGUCACAGGCGCGAGCCUUCAUCCACUCCCACCCUCCUUCUCACUCGGCGGUAGGGGUCGAAGUGUAAGCUCUCCACACCAAUUUCCCGAUCCUUUCCUCCCGACAUCCGCGACGAUAAGGGGAAAUGCUGCCCACCAUUCCCACUCGUCCUCAGCAGCAACCACUGCCACAACCGCAAGCCUAAGAUGGGCAGGCAGUGCACGCCUAGAUACACCAUCUACUGCCAGUCCAAGUCGCUCUCCACCCACCAGUCUCGUCCUAGCCAAGCACUCAGUCGAGCAUACAGAUCACGACACACCAAGCGACACUCAAAAACUUCACAUCCACACCGACACACAGUGCAAAACAUCGAGGGCCAAUGUGAUGGAUGUCGGAUCGCUCACCACUUGCAAUCUGGCCAACGUCGGUGCUAGCCGCAGUCGUAGUCCCCGAAAAAGGGAUAGGCAGGGUGAGAGCAAAGGGAGGAUUUCUGCUUUUAGCGCUUAA